AUGAGGGCAAACCUUAAGCUGCUCGCCAUCGCGGCAGCUUCAUUCUCGGCAGUCGUUGCGCAGCACUUCCAACGUCUGGGCACGUGCCCAACGCUCGGCUGCAUCCUGCCCCCAGACCAGCAGGACUUCCUCCCGGGCCAGGAAUUCGAUAUCCGUUUCGAGGUCCAUGCCCCAGUCAACGGCUCUGAGGCCAAUGGAGGUGAACCGGACAAGGACUUCACCGUAACCAUAGCCAAGGGGUCCAACGGCACCGCGACGAGUAUUGCGGAGUUCUUCGAUCUUGAGGAACCGGAGGUCGAGACUUGGACCUUCUCAUGGUACGAAGAUCUCUUCGCCCAAGAUGCAGGUAACAAGACGGUUGUGAAUGUCGCUUCGAAGAUAUAUCGUCGGAUCGCGCUGUACGAGCCUGGGGAGUACACCGUGACGUUGAACUACUAUGACGGCGAGCAGACGGAGGCAAAAUGGCUUGUGAGACCACUAGCCGAGGAAAAGCGGGCGAAGAACGUGAUCUUCUUCAUUGGUGAUGGCAUGACUACGAAUAUGAUCACUGCUGCUCGCCUGCUGGGUCACAAGUCUAUCAAUGGCAGGUACCAGACUACGAUGCAGCUGGACAAGUUCCCUGUGCUGGGACAUCAAAUGACGCACUCCAUUGACAGCUACAUCACGGACUCGGCCAACUCCGCCUCAGCAUUGUACUCGGGCCACAAGAGCACCGUGAACGCUAUGGGUGUCUACGCGGACUCUUCGCCGGAUGCAUUUGACGACCCAAAGGUCGAGACCAUCGUCGAGCUUUUGCGCCGCAUACAGGGCUCUGCUUGGGGUGCUGUAUCCACGGCGUUCCUCGCAGACGCCACACCUACCGCACUGACAGCGCACACCCGCUCACGGGGUCUGUACGGCCCGCUGAUCGACCAGGCUCUGAACGGCGUGUCCAACUAUUCCUGGACACACGCUGGUGCUCCUGAUGUCUACUUUGGCGGCGGUGCGGAGCAGUUCUUGCCCGGGUCUGGCUCGUACCAAGGCAAGGAUUAUUACGCCGAAUUUGCUGCGCAGGACUACAGCAUAUCUCUCAACAAGACCUCCCUCCUCCAAGCCUCCAACAGCUCAAAAGCUCUCGGCGUCUUCUGCAGGUCUAACUUUCCUGUUUGGCUUGACCGCAACGUGUUCCCAGAGGUACUGAAGACGUUCACCAACGACCCUGCCGGCAACAAGUCUGCCGCGCUUGAUCUGCCUGGCCUCAAGGACAUGACUCUCAAGGCUAUCGACAUCCUGAAUGAGCGUGGUGGUGACAAGGGUUUCUUCCUGAUGUCGGAGGCCGCCUCGAUCGACAAGCAGAUGCACUCGCUGGACUACGACCGCGCACUGGGCGACUUACUUGAGCUCGACGACACUGUCCGGGCUACUGUAGAGCACCUCAAGGCGCUGGACAUCCUUGAGGACACCCUAAUAGUCGUGUCGUCGGACCACGGCCACGGGUUCGAUGUUUUCGGCAGCGCGGAUACCAAGUACAUGGCUUCCAAGGAGACGGACCGCGAGAAGCGCGACGCCAUCGGCGUGUACCAGAACUCUGGUCUGUCACAGUACACAGUGGAGGUCGAGGGCGUCGGGUACAACACCGGCCCGAACUUCCCUGUGAACUGGGACCCCCGGUACGUGAUCGCCUCUGGCUUCGGUGCGAACCCCGACCACAGGGAGACGUACCGCGUCAAUGACAAGAAGCCGAGGACCCCCGCGACCAACAUCUCGGGUUUCGAUAGCGACGACUACUUCGUCAACCCGACGGACAACGUGGGCGGGUUCAUCGUCAACGGCACCCUGCCUACAAGUGAGUCCCAGGGCGUGCACUCGCUCACUGAUGUGGCUGUGUUCGCCAUGGGGCCGUGCCAGGAGUUGUUUGGGGGCGUGUACAGCGCGAUUGAUAUCUUCUACAAUAUGGCUGAGUGUUUGGGCCUGGCGCAGUCCACGAACGUGACGGCUGGAUAUGAUUCGUAUGAGAGAUAG